GGAGCUUGGGGGGAGUGGCUGCGGCGGCCGGCGAGCCCGGGACGCCCGAGCCUGCCCCGAGCCUCGGCGGAGCGGAGCGGCCUCGGCGCUCCCGUGUCCCGCGCGGUCCCCGCUGCACCCCGCCGCCUAGGAGCCCGGUGGACGGCGGCUCCCGCGGCGGCCCCGGUAUGACUCGGCGGCGCUCGGCUCCAGCGUCCUGGCUGCUCCUGUCGCUGCUCGGUGUCACAGUGUCCCUGGAAGUGUCCGAGAGCCCUGGCAGUAUCCAGGUGGCCCGGGGCCAGACUGCAGUCCUGCCGUGUGCCUUCUCCACCAGUGCUGCUCUCAUUAACCUCAAUGUCAUCUGGAUGGUCAUUCCUCUCUCAAAUGCAAACCAGCCUGAACAGGUCAUUCUCUAUCAGGGUGGACAGAUGUUUGACGGCGCCCCCAGGUUCCAUGGGAGGGUAGGAUUUACAGGCACCAUGCCUGCUACCAAUGUCUCCAUCUUCAUCAAUAACACCCAACUCUCAGAUACAGGCACCUACCAGUGCUUGGUGAACAACCUUCCAGACAGAGGGGGCAGGAACAUUGGGGUCGCUGGCCUCACAGUGUUAGUCCCCCCUUCUGCUCCACACUGCCAAAUCCAAGGAUCCCAGGACAUCGGCAGCGACGUCAUCCUUCUGUGUAGUUCCGAGGAAGGCAUCCCUCGGCCCACUUACCUUUGGGAGAAGUUAGAUAAUACACUCAAGCUACCUCCAACCGCCACUCAGGACCAGGUCCAGGGAACAGUCACCAUCCGGAAUAUCAGUGCCCUGUCUUCGGGUCUGUACCAGUGUGUGGCUUCUAACGCCAUCGGGACGAGUACCUGUCUCCUGGAUCUUCAGGUGAUCUCACCCCAGCCCCGAAGUGUUGGAGUCAUCGCUGGAGCUGUCGGCACCGGGGUAGUCCUCAUCAUUAUUUGUAUUGCACUAAUUUCAGGGGCAUUCUUUUACUGGAGAAGCAAAAAUAAAGAGGAGGAGGAGGAAGAUAUCCCCAAUGAAAUCAGAGAGGAUGAUCUUCCACCUAAAUGCUCUUCUGCCAAAGCAUUUCACACAGAGAUAUCCUCCUCGGAAAAUAACACCUUGACCUCUUCCAAUACCUACAACAGUCGAUACUGGAACAACAAUCCCAAAGCCCACAGAAACACGGAAUCGUUCAACCACUUCAGUGACUUACGCCAGUCUUUCUCUGGCAAUGCCGUUAUCCCCUCCAUCUAUGCAAAUGGGAGCCAUCUGGUCUCUGGCCCACAUAAGACCCUGGUAGUGACAGCCAACAGAGAGUCCUCACCCCAGGUCAUGCCCAGGAACAAUGGUUCAGUCAGCAGGAAGCCUUGGCCUCAGCACACACACUCCUACACUGUCAGCCAAGUGACUCUGGAGCGCAUCGGUGCAGUACCUGUCAUGGUGCCUGCCCAGAGUCGGGCGGGAUCCCUGGUGUAGGAUAUUUGAGGAUGCUGUGUGCAGAAGAGAGAAAAUGGAAUGCCUCCCGACAAGGGGGAGAGCAGGGGUGGGCGAGUGCUGGAAAGAUAGACUUUUGUUACCAUUACUUUAGUGGAAAGCACCAAGAAGACGGUGCUCUUGCCUGGCCACUGCAGUGUGUGAAGUGACCGAGAAUAUUCCGUCAUGAAGACUCAAGAAGACUGUUCUUCACCACAGUUGUCCUGGGAUUCAGUUAAAAAAAACAAAAAACAAAACAAAAACAAACUGCUGCAUCUCGAAUGACGUGCCAAGCCAAGGAGAAUGCUAGAGGCAGAAUAGCGCUUACGACCCAAACUGUGGUCCAGGUGGACCUGUUCUUUAAUUCUUGCCUAACUUAAUAAUUUUCAGGAGACUUAAGUGCCAGGUGGAGUUUAAAUAAUAAGAUUAUUUUUUAAAAUAUGUAUAUUUACAAAACAAA